AUGAUGACGAUCAAACCCCUUUCCCCACCGUCUCGUUCACCUCCGGCCCUCCGGGCCCCCUUUGCACCAGCGGGUGCGGCCAGCGAUGCCGCCUUUUCUGCGACGGGCCGUGCGCGCGGGAUUGCUCAGAUGGCGGGAAAGGACUUCUACGACCCGCAGGACCCUGAUCCCCCGGGCAAACCGGGCUGUCGAGGGCCCGAUUGUGAGAACGGGAAGUGCAGGGGCGGAUUGUGUAUGUACGUUGGCUGCGAGGGCGACGACUGCGACAAGAAAAUCUGCUCCGGGGGCAACUGUCAUCCCGUCGGCUGCAGCGGCGACGACUGCGGCACCAACGGCCACUGCUCCGGAUCCGACUGCAUCGUCGCGGGGCGGCGCGGGGCCUGGCUGCAAUGGUCUCGGCUUCUGCUUUGGUCUCAGCUGCUUCUCGUUUGGCUGCGUCGGGCAGGACUGUGGUUCGAACCACGCCUACUCCGGGCCGAAGUGCCGUAUCGUGACCUGCACGGGGAGAAACUGCCAUGUACCGAGUACGUGGAGCCGUCAAGGCUCAACGCCGGGGGCACAACCACCACCACUUCGACUGCCCGUCGAACAAUCACCGCGUGCGGAGUCGAGGCGACAACGACCACCACCACCUACCCCGAUUCCAACACGAUAACCCAGCAGGAGGGGUACUUCAACGCAAAGUCCACGGGGAGCAAGCUCUGGACGGAGAUACGGUCCAGUCUGACGUCGAAAUUAUCCGCCUGGAACGAAGCAGCCAUGAGCGGCGGCACAAAACCUACCACUACCAGCAUCACAAAGCCUCCCUCGAUGACUACUACCGGCUCGAACCCGCCGAAUCCAGUCGCGGCAGACGGCUGUGCCAUCAUGGACGGCACGCAGGGCGUCUGUUGGAAGAAAUGUGACCCGAAGACCUCGAAACCUGUGAAUGACGAAUAUUUCGAGGGCGAUCCAUGGUGCUGGCUGAAAUCCGGCAAUAUAGGCGCCUUCUGCAACAAGGCGGAUGACUGCCCGUCGGAAUUCGAGUAUCAGCCAAGUGACUGGGAACACGGCGGAUGCGCAGCCCCCAAGCCAGUCUCCGGUGGAGGCGCACUCAUGGACGGCACCCAGGGCGUAUGCUGA